GAAGCAGUCGGACAUAAUGGCUUUAUAGGAGUCUUCAAAGUUUUGCGACUGUUUGCCCUUUCUAUGAUACUGCAUGACCAUCUCAGACCCCAAUUGCACCACCUGAUCCGUGAUUUGCCGCAGAUGGCCUACUUAGAAGGCGGUGUGCUGCUGUCGGUCGACUUAAAGCAGGCUUUUGAUGUCAUGCCUAGGGAGCGGUUACAGGAAGCCAUGCAGUUAGCGAACGUUGACCAUGCUGCCCAGUACGUCAUACUCAAGCUCCAUGAACAUGCCUGUCUCAGAAUCGCUCAUGGGCACAAACAAGCCACGCUUGAGACAUCAAACGGUAUUCGACAGGGCUGCUGCCUUGCUCCGGCCUUGUGGGUAUUAUAUACCGGGCUAAUCCUAACCUAUCUCCGCCAAAGGAUAGCCAUGCAAGACACUACUGUGUACGCAGACGAUUUCUUGUUUCAUUGGUUGGUGCAAAACGGAGCCCAGCUAGAGCAAGCCUUCGAGAACAUUGCUUUUGUAUUGUGUACGCUGGAUCACUUUGGUAUGCGUCCUAGCCCCACUAAGUCUGCAGUCCUGAUUGGAGUCCGAGGCACGCGUACGCACACUGUUCUAAGCUACGGGCAGUUUGAGUCUCUCACCUUAAAAGAGCGCCUGAAGCAAUCCUGGAGUGCCUUUAACCGGCUGGUGCCUGCCCUGCGCUCCUCUGGUAUCAGCCUGCAGCACCGCACUGGAAUUUGGCGAACCUGCGUGCACUCGGUGCUCAUGCAUGGCCUUGAUAGUAUAGGCCUUUCUCCGGGGGGCGCCACCAAGCUCCAAAAGCAUGUUGCUCGGCAGCUUCGCAUCCUCAGCAAGGCACCAUCUUUUAUCACACAUGAACCGACCCCAGACCUGUAUGCACGCCUGCAGGUUGAAGAACCUGUACAGCCUUCCAACAUGGAUCUCUCCCCCGAUGCACUUCGCGAGGGAGCUCGGGCAGUGGCGGAGCAGGAGCUGAUGUCAGCGGAGGCCCAGGCGUCUCUCCUGUCAUCAAUGAUGAACAAGGGCCCUGCUCCUUCGACGCCUCCGGGGCCGACGGACAGUGGCCUGCCCUCUGCGCCCAGCACAAGAGCCCCGACGACACCGACACAGGCGCCGGGGGAAGCGGUGGAGACUCCGGAGCCAAUGGACUCUGCACAGCGCGAGACCAAGCGCCAAGCGGAGGUGACGGAGGAGGAUCUGCAGACCGGCAACGGCAAAGGCAGGGACAAAUGGCAACGUCCCCAAAGCAAAGGAAACUCUCGUUCCGGCGAGGGGAACUGGGGAGGACGGGGCCGGGAUCACCAGCCAGCAGCUCCGCGUCGGUAUCAGCAGCCCAGCCGCCAAUGGAACCGGGACAAGGACUGGGACCAGGACGAUCGGGAGGAGCGGCCUCUGGAUCGGUCGACGGAGAAGAAGCUCUUCUCACUGCGUCUGUCAAUGAGCAGGUUGAUGAUGAGGCACGAAGAUCAGUUGUCCAUCAACCGGGCGCAGGACAACUGCGUUAUGUUUGCCCAGACCCAGGGCGUGUUGUCGGCCGUCCCGGAGCUCUUCAAGGCGACAGAGGCCUGGCGCCAGAUGAAGAAGGACCAGCCGGAGCUGCUCACCCUUCCCCUCAGGACUUGGAUGCUGAAGCACUGGGUGGACUUGAUGCUGACAAGGAUGGAAGCUGUGAUGCAGUCCGAGCGCUCCAUCCAGCAGGCGAAGGACAUGCUCGUCCUGGACGACUCCUGCAACGUUCCAUACCUGGAACGGGAUGCCUCAGCACGCCAGCUGCGGGUGAAACGGGACAGGGACCCCAUGACCCUCUCCCAGGUCCUCGAGCUCUUGAAACAGAUGCAGGUCCUGGUCUUGCAGCCCCUAGCCAUCCUCCGCUUUCACACCACUCGCGAAUUGGUGCAGAACAUGCAGUCGGAUGUGGUGCCACUGAUGCUGCAAAUCGGAAGCCGAACGGCGGAGUGCCACCAACUAUGGAAUGCCUUCUAUCGGCUCAGCCACAGUGGGGCGACCAGGGUGGUGGCAACCUCCCUUCGGGGGGACCGAAUGGGACGAUCGGCCCUGGCCGUGGCCAUUCAGAAGAUGGUCGAAGAACUGUCAGGAACCUACAACUCCUGA